AUGGUCCUUUAUAAUAAUAACAAAAAUAUUGUUGAGUUAAAAGAUCAAGGAGGCCUAAACCUCUUUUUGAAUUUCAGCUUGAGAAGGUCCAACCAUCAUAAACCUUACGAAAUUGAAUUUUUCGACUGUAGGUUUGAGUAUUACAGCCCUCAGACUAGCUUUGACCAAAAGAUGGAUAUCAAGGUGGUAUUUGCGUCGUUUGUCAUUUGUCAUUUCGGUCAUGUCUACAAAAGGACUUUAGCAUUGCUGAAAACUGUAUUAUCCAGUCUGGGAGUUAUCUUGAGCAAGGAAGAUAGAAAGAUCGGGAGAGGUUUAACCAACUGGUCAGGCUUGAAUUCUGGUUCUCGAUUUUAUCGAGUAUGGAUUGUUAUGUAUGGGCUGGUAGUCUCUCGAGACCAGGAUGGUUGGUGA